CCGGGGCUGGACGCCGAGGCAUGAAGAGGAGCCUCCCCGGCGGGGGGGCUGAGGCGGGCCGGGCCCUGCGCGGCUGCGGACCGGCCGCCCCAUGCGGGCUCCGUCCCCCGCGGCCCCUCGCCGGGAUGGAGGCGCCUGGUGCCGUCCUGCUGCUGUGGGUGAAUGGUCUAAUGACGCUUGGAUUAACAGGUGCACGUCAACAGAGUAAUCUCUGCAAUGAAUCACUCAUGUUAGAAAAGUUGCCUGCCUGUGGAAAAUCCUUUGAAGAGAUGAUGAAGAAAGUGGACUCUAAAAAAUGGUGCAACUUGACGGAAUUUAUCAUGUAUUAUGACAACUUUACCCAGUGCACAGAGCGUGAAGCCAACAACGCAAGUUGCUUUUGGCCAAACCCUCUUGCAGAGGGCUUUAUCACUGGAAUCCAUAAACAAUUCUUUUCAAACUGUACUUCAGAAAAGGUUCACUGGGAAGAUCCACCAGAUGAAAUUCUUAUAACCCUAAUCUUGAUCCCAGUCAUGCUGACAUGUGCCAUGAUAACACUGGUAGUAUGGUGCAGUAAAAGAAGUGAUAUCCUGGUUUAAGUUGAUCCUCUGGGCUUUUUUUCCCCCCUCAUUUCUUUCUCCUUAAAAACUUAACGUGGAGGAAAAAAAGAGAAACAAUAUAAACAUUUCAGAUCUGCAGAUAUGGAACCUGUGAGAUACUAAGAGAGAGAGGACGAUCCUGUGUUCAAACAGCUGCUGCCAUUGCCGAAAGUCACUGCUUCUGAGCUGGCCAUCAGUGCUGAUGAUAGAAAGCUUUCUGCUAACAUUAGGAGCCAUCAGCAUGGAUUUCACAGGCAGUUCUGAGAAGCAGAAUAGUCCCCAGGAAAAUAGACCUGUUAGCUACAAGAAAGGUAAAGUUACUUUCCUGCAGUUAAAGCUGGUUGGUAAAGUAUGUUCUCCAAAACUGUAUGUAAUUGUAUGUACGUGUGCUAUAGCAUCAACUUUGGCAAGGUGAUAUGUCUUGAGUUUGCAUGUAGGACACUUGAGGAUUUCAUCUGUGAACCUUGUGACUUGAAUGGAAGAUCAUCAGCAAGGAACUGAAUAUGGAUGUAACCAAGUGGUAACUUUUCCUGGAAGCUAAUUACAAACAUCAUUAUCAAGAACUGGAAGUAUUUCAUUGGCAAAAAGAACAAUUUAUAUGGUCAGUAACUAUCUCUACAGGGACUAGGUCAUGCCAUAUUGUAAAAUACUUAUAAAUGCCUUUAAGCAUGGCUAACUAGCCAUGGAUGGAAUUGAAUGGCUCACAAACAAACUUUGGGAAGGAUAUAGGUCUUGUUUCACAGAUCUGGAAAAUACGAGAGGAGUUAGGACGAUACACUAAAGAUUGGUGAAGAAACUUAAAUAUGCCAGACUCUUUAUUUUUCCUCUUUUAUAAUUCUUGACGACUUGUGUUCACUCCUCACUCUCACUUCGAAUUGUGCAAGUGAUGCCCUACAGAUAAACACAAAGGUGUGAUGUUGAUUGAGGUGCCUUUCAGAGAAUAAUUUUGUACAUAAAUUGAUUUUCGUCGUGUGAAGAGUGUGGGAACUAAAGUAUGAACAUCAAAAAGGUAUGAACCUUUCUUGGAAUGGACAGAGGAGGCAAGAGAAAAAAAAAUCUAAUCAAAAGUCUUAUUCGAUGAAACUAUUGCUAUGUAACAAUUUAAAUAAAUAUCAUAUGCCUAAAAUAAGACAACUUCUGUGUUUGUGUUGUAAACUU